AUUUAACAGGAGGUGGGCAGCCUAAUCAUGACUACUGUGGGAGAUGGGGAGGGGAAAAAAAGCAUUAUCAAAGACUGGAGAAUGUAAUGUGUUUACAGUAGCAGGCAAAUGAGAAGGGGGGAGUCAAGUGCUUCCCUGCUGUGACUGGGCUGAGUAAUGGCUUUAACUUGGACGUCACAGGCAGCAGAGCCAUGGGUGCAGCUGGGCUUUACCGCAACAUGAUGCAGCGAUGGAGCAGACUGUGGCAGCGGCAGGCAGGGGGGAAGCAGCACGGAACGCUGAGCAGCCCUAACGUUCUAUUUUAGAACGCGCAAGCAGUGAGUGCUCUGCAGCAGCACAAGCCUCAUCUUCACCCAGCCUACAAACAAGGGCGCUGUGCAGGUUUUUUUUUUCCCUUCCUUCUGGAGGAGGUGCAUACAGAUGCAGCUUAUUUGUCUACCAGCCCCCAGUGGAAUAGCAUUUAAGCAGACACAUUGAACUCCUAGCUCCUUCAAGGAGGCAAGCCUAGCCGUGUCUGUGUGUGUGUGUGCGUGGAUGCUGCUUCCCAUAAAUACACGGGGAACAAAAGAUGCCUUGAAAGAUGAGAAGAGCUCAUCUCCUGCCAUGGUAGAUGCAGCCAUUGAGAAGCUGCAGUGAAGGAGAACCAGUAUCACAGGGUGAAGAAGGAGGAGCAGAGGACAAGCAUCUCAUGUCUUUUUAAUGAGGACUAACCUCCCAGGAAGGGGAGAAGCGAUCUACAGACUUCAUUUCCUCCGCUGACCUCUAGUUUGCAUCAGUAGCUGGUGUCUCAGUCCUCUUUCUAUAGACUGAAGCUGCCAGGGGAGCCCAGGCAGAGGCUCUGUACCUGCAGCAGACAUGGCCAGUCAGCAGGACUCCGGCUUCUUUGAGAUCAGCAUCAAAUACUUGCUGAAAUCCUGGAGCAAUACUUCUCCAGUGGGCAACGGCUAUAUCAAACCACAAGUCCAACCAGUAUCCAUCACGCAAAGAGAGAAAGGUCCUCCAACCAUGUUGCCCAUUAAUAUUGACCCCGAGAGCAAGCCUGGUGAAUAUAUACUGAAAAGCUUGUUUGCAAAUUUUACUACCCAAGCAGAGAGGAAGAUUCGGAUCAUCAUGGCUGAGCCCUUGGAAAAACCAUUAACAAAAUCACUUCAAAGAGGAGAGGAUCCGCAGUUUGAUCAAGUGAUCAGUGCAAUGAGCUCGUUGUCAGAUUACUGCUUGCCAUCUAUACUACGUACCUUGUUUGACUGGUACAAGCGACAGAAUGGGAUUGAAGAUGAGUCGCAUGAAUACAGACCCAGAACAAACACCAAAUCCAAAAGUGAUGAACAGCAAAAGGAUUACCUGAUGGAACGGAGAGAUCUGGCAAUUGAUUUUAUUUUCUCAUUAGUACUUAUAGAAGUUUUAAAACAGAUUCCUUUACACCCUGUCAUCGACAGCUUGGUCCAUGAAGUUAUUACCCUGGCUUUCAAGCACUUUAAAUACAAGGAAGGGUACCUUGGUCCAAACACUGGAAAUAUGCAUAUAGUGGCAGAUCUGUAUGCUGAAGUUGUAGGUGUCUUAGCACAGUCAAAGUUUCCUUCUGUCAAGAAGAAAUUCAUGGCUGAGCUGAAAGAGCUGAGGCAUAAAGAGCAGAACCCAUAUGUCGUUCAAAGUAUAAUCAGUCUUAUAAUGGGUAUGAAAUUCUUCCGCAUUAAGAUGUAUCCUGUGGAGGACUUUGAGGCAUCCUUACAGUUCAUGCAGGAAUGUGCCCACUACUUCCUUGAAGUAAAAGACAAAGAUAUCAAGCAUGCCUUAGCUGGACUAUUUGUGGAAAUCCUAGUCCCCGUUGCUGCAGCUGUCAAGAAUGAAGUGAAUGUUCCAUGUCUUAGAAAUUUUGUGGAAAGUCUUUAUGAUACAACGCUUGAGCUUUCAUCGAGGAAGAAGCACUCGUUGGCCCUGUACCCGCUAGUGACAUGUCUGCUCUGUGUCAGUCAAAAACAGAUAUUCCUAAACCGAUGGCAUAUUUUCCUCAACAACUGCUUAUCAAACCUUAAGAAUAAGGAUCCAAAAAUGGCACGUGUUGCACUGGAAUCUUUGUACAGACUACUUUGGGUGUAUAUGAUUCGAAUAAAAUGUGAAAGCAAUACGGCUACUCAGAGCCGUCUUACAACCAUCAUUGGGACCUUGUUCCCAAAAGGUUCCCGAGGAGUGGUCCCGCGAGACAUGCCCCUCAACAUCUUUGUCAAAAUUAUACAGUUCAUUGCACAGGAACGGCUAGAUUUUGCAAUGAAAGAAAUUAUUUAUGACCUGUUAUGCGUUGGAAAAGCCGCUAAAGCUUUUAGUCUUAACCCAGAGAGAAUGAACAUAGGGUUAAGAGCCUUUUUGGUGAUUGCUGACAGCUUACAGCAAAAAGACGGAGAGCCCCCCAUGCCAGUGACGGGAGCCAUUCACCCCUCUGGGAACACACUCCGCGUGAAGAAGACUUACCUUAGUAAAACACUCACUGAAGAGGAAGCUAAAAUGAUUGGCAUGGCUAUGUAUUACUCUCAAGUCCGAAAAGCUGUGGAUAACAUUUUAAGGCACCUUGAUAAGGAAGUGGGACGGUGCAUGAUGAUGACCAAUGUUCAGAUGUUAAACAAAGAGCCUGAAGACAUGAUCACUGGAGAACGAAAGCCAAAAAUUGACCUCUUUAGGACAUGUGUAGCUGCUAUACCACGGCUACUGCCAGAAGGGAUGUCAAAGCUUGAGUUGAUUGACUUGCUUUCAAGACUGUCCAUCCACAUGGACGAUGAACUACGGCAUAUCGCACAGAACUCUCUUCAAGGUCUGCUUGUCGACUUUGUGGACUGGAGAGAAGAUGUGCUAUUUGGAUUCAUUAAUUUCUUAUUAAGGGAGGUCAAUGACACCCACCAAACGCUCCUCGAUACAUCUCUUAAAUUACUGCUGCAGUUGCUCACUCAAUGGAAACUUGUUAUACAGACCCCGGGGAAAGGCCACGAACAAGCAAAGAUGAGGACUUCAGAGCUGAUCCCCAAUGGCUCAAGUCAUAGAAUCCAGUCUGAGAGGGGUCCGUAUUCCAACGUGUUGCAUGCCGUGGAAGGAUUUGCAUUAUUGCUACUGUGUAGUUUUCAGCUUGCUACUCGGAAAGUAGCGGUUUUAAUCCUUAAAGAAGUCCGGGCUUUGUUUGUUGCACUUGGACAAGCAGAGGAAGAUGACAAGCCUAUGAUUGAUGUUCUGGAUCAAUUGAGCCCUUCAAUCCUUGAAAGUUUUAUUCAUGUUGCAGUAUCAGAUUCGACAACGCUACCAUUCACUCAUAAUGUGGAUCUUCAGUGGUUGGUGGAGUGGAAUGCAGUCCUGGUAAACAGCCACUAUGACGUAAGAAGCCCCUCUCACGUCUGGAUAUUUGCACAGUCCGUGAAAGACCCUUGGGUUCUCUGCCUCUUCACUUUCCUGCGACAGGAGAAUUUGCCCAAACACUGCCCCACGGCUCUCAGUUAUGCCUGGCCCUAUGCAUUCACCAGGCUGCAGCUCUUAAUGCCUUUAGUGGAUCCUAAUAGCCCAAUUAAUGCCAAGAAGACCAGCACAGCAAGCAGCGGGGACAACUAUGUUACUCUUUGGAGGAAUUAUCUUAUUCUUUGCUUUGGAGUUGCCAAACCAAGUAUCAUGAGUCCUGGUCACCUGCGAGCCUCUACUCCAGAGAUCAUGGCUACCACCCCCGACGGCUCUGUCAGCUAUGAUAACAAGGUUAUAGGGACACCAUCAGUUGGAGUUUUGCUGAAGCAGUUGGUGCCUUUAAUGAGACUAGAAAGCAUUGAAAUUACAGAAUCAUUGGUACUGGGAUUUGGAAGAACAAAUGCUCUGGUUUUCAGGGAGUUAGUGGAGGAGCUCCAUCCUCUGAUGAAAGAAGCUUUGGAACGCAGGCCAGAGAACAAAAAACGCAGAGAACGCAGAGAUCUUCUAAGGCUGCAGCUGUUACGAAUAUUUGAAUUAUUGGCUGAUGCUGGCGUUAUAAGUGACAAUACCAAUGGAGCAUUGGAGCGAGACACACUGGCACUUGGAGCUUUGUUCCUGGAGUACGUGGACCUCACACGGAUGCUUCUCGAGGCGGAAAAUGACAAAGAAGUUGAAAUCCUAAAAGACAUCCGCGCACAUUUCAGUGCAAUGAUUGCCAAUUUGAUACAGUGCGUUCCAGUUCACCACAGGAGGUUCCUGUUCCCUCAGCAGAGCCUGAGGCAUCACCUGUUCAUCUUGUUCAGUCAAUGGGCCGGCCCGUUCAGCAUUAUGUUCACCCCAUUAGAUCGUUACAGCGAUAGGAACCAUCAGAUUACCAGAUACCAGUACUGUGCAUUAAAGGCGAUGUCUGCCGUUCUGUGCUGUGGCCCAGUGUUUGACAAUGUUGGGCUUUCUCCGGAUGGAUACCUCUAUAAGUGGCUUGAUAAUAUCCUGGCAUGUCAGGACCUAAGGGUUCACCAGCUUGGCUGUGAAGUGGUCGUGUUGCUGCUGGAACUUAAUCCAGACCAAGUUAAUCUCUUUAACUGGGCCAUUGACCGCUGCUACACUGGAUCAUACCAGCUUGCUUCAGGGUGUUUUAAAGCGAUCGCAACCGUUUGUGGAAAUAGGAAUUAUCCUUUCGACAUAGUGACCCUGCUGAACUUGGUACUCUUUAAGGCAUCUGAUACCAAUCGAGAAAUCUAUGAGAUCUCAGCACAGCUAAUGCAGGUCCUCGAAGGAAAACUUUUUGUAUAUUCCAAAAAAGUGGCGGAGCAGAAGCCUGGAAGCAUACUGUUUGGGACCCACGGGGUGCUUCCUCCUUUAUACAGUGUGUCAUUGAUAAUGCUUUCUAAUGAGCUGGCUCGGAUGUACCCAGAGUUGACCCUGCCGCUUUUUUCAGAAGUGAGCCAGAGAUUCCCAACAACUCAUCCAAAUGGACGGCAGAUCAUGCUUACCUAUCUACUACCGUGGCUCCAUAACAUUGAGCUUGUGGACAGCCGUCUCCUGCUUCCAGAUUCCAGCCCCAGCACUCCAGAAGAUGAAGUUAGUGAGCGAGAAGGCGAAGUGACGAAUAUAUGCGGGCUAAAAGGAAAUGGAUGGGGAUCACCUGAGGCCACGUCUUUAGUCCUCAAUAAUCUCAUGUAUAUGACUGCAAAGUAUGGAGAUGAGGUCCCAGGCCAGGAGGUGGAAAAUGCCUGGAAUGCGUUGGCCAACAAUGAAAAAUGGAGCAACAACCUUAGAAUAACAUUGCAGUUUCUAAUUAGUUUGUGCGGCGUCAGCAGCGAUACCACCCUCUUGCCUUACAUCAAGAAAGUUGCCAUCUACUUGUGCAGAAAUAACACGAUCCAGACGAUGGAAGAGCUUUUAUUCGAGCUCCAACAGACUGAUCCUGUGAACCCAAUAGUUCAACAUUGUGAUAACCCUCCCUUCUAUCGCUUCACUGCCAGCAACAAGACCUCCGCCGCUCCCUCUGGUACAACAUCGAGCAGCAAUACAGUUGUAGCCGGCCAAGAUGGUUUCCCUGAUGUGGAAGACAUCAGAAACAUUAAAGAUACUGAUGAAAGGUUUGGCAAUGUGAUCAGGGCACAUACCAGACUUGAAUCCAGAUACAGCAAUAGCUCUGGAGGAUCAUAUGAUGAUGAUAAAAAUGAUCCAGUCUCUCCUUAUAUUAGCUGGAUGUUAAAUAUUGUGGAAAGUAACCAACCACAGCCCUUACCAAUGCCGAGCAAUGGAGGGUGUUGGGCUCCUCUUGUUGACUAUCUGCCAGAAACCAUUACACCACGAGGGCCACUUCAUAGGUGUAAUAUUGCUGUAAUAUUCAUGGCGGAGAUGGUGGUGGAUCACAGUGUGAGAGAAGACUGGGCCCUUCACCUGCCGUUGCUGCUGCAUGCGCUGUUCCUAGGCCUAGACCAUUACCGCCCGGAGGUGUUUGAACACAGCAGGAAGCUGCUCCUCCACCUUUUGAUCUCCCUCUCUUGUAAUGGCAAUUUCUCCAACAUUGCUUCGGUUCUCCUGCAGGCCCGAGAAGUGAACGAAGCCAAGACGCUGACUGUGCAGUCAUCCUGCCAUUCAGAAUAUCCCUAUACAGGUGGCUUUGACUUUCUCAGGGAGUACCAGUCUUCUCCAGUGCCAGACUCUGGCCUAAGUUCAAGCUCAACCUCCUCCAGUAUCAGUCUGGGAGGAAGCAUCGGGAACAUCCCACAGAUAAGUCAGGAGAUCGAAGAUGCUGACGCAUCAGCCGAGACGGAUGAAAAAGCCUACAAGUUAAUUGAGUUUCUGACCACCAGAGCAUUUGGUCCCCUCUGGUGCCACGAAGACAUCACCCCCAAGAAUCAGAACUCUCGGAGCGCCGAUCAGCUCACUAACUUCCUCCGACAUGUUGUGUCUGUAUUUAAAGACUCCAAAUCAGGGUUUCACCUGGAGCAGCACCUAAGUGAAGUGGCUCUGCAGACUGCUCUCGCCAGCUCCUCCAGACACUAUGCUGGGAGAUCCUUCCAAAUCCUCAGGGCGCUCCGGCAGCCUCUUUCGGCCCAUGCGUUAUCUGACCUUCUUUCUAGGCUGGUAGAGGUUAUUGGAGAGUAUGGUGAUGAGAUUCAGGGGUAUGUGAUGGAGGUUCUUCUUACAUUGGAAGCGGCGGUGGAUAAUUUAUCAGACUGCUUGAAGAACAGUGAUCUGCUGGCCAUCUUAUCCCGGUCAUCAUCUCCAGAUUUAUCCUCCAACGCCAAGUUAACAGCAAACCGAAAAAGCACUGGACAGCUUAAUCUUAAUUCCAGUAUGGUAGGCGGAAACAUGGCCACGGCUGAACGUAGUCGACAUCAGAGAAGCUUCUCUGUUCCCAAAAAGUUUGGGGUGGUCGAUAAAUCCUCUGAUCCUCCAAGGAGUGCCACGCUAGAUAGGAUUCAAGCAUGUACCCAGCAAGGCUUCUCUCCCAAAACCAGGAGUUCUUCUUCCCUCAAGGACAACAUCACAGAUCCCUCUCACAUUAACAAUCCGACCAACCUUUUGGCUACUAUAUUCUGGGUGGCCAUAGCUUUAAUGGAAUCAGACUUUGAAUUUGAGUAUUUCAUGGCGUUGCGUCUCCUGAACAAACUCUUGUCUCAUUUGCCGUUGGAUAAAUUGGAGAACAGGGAGAAGCUGGAGAAGUUGCAAGGACAGCUAAAGUGGUCAGACUUCUCGGGGCUGCAGCAGCUUCUUCUUAAGGGAUUCACCUCCCUGACAACCACUGAUUUAACACUCCAUCUCUUCAGCAUGCUGACGCCAGUAUCCCGUAUCCCCAUGGUCGAUUCCUCACAAGUCAUAGGUUUCCCUUUGAAUAUUCUGUGCUUGAUGCCUCAUUUGAUCCAACAUUUUGACAACCCGAAUAACUUCUGCAAGGAAAUAGCGGAGAGGAUUGCACAGGUUUGCCUUGAAGAAAAGAAUUCUAAACUAUCGAACCUGGCACAUGUGAUGACUCUGUACAAAACGCACAGUUACACCAGGGAUUGUGCCACGUGGGUGAACGUGGUCUGCCGAUACUUACAUGAAGCCUUCACUGAUAUUACGCUUAACAUGGUGACAUACUUAGCAGAGUUGUUAGAAAAAGGGCUGCCAAGUAUGCAGCAGUCUCUCCUGCAAAUUAUCUACAGUCUGCUCAGCCACAUGGACAUGUCACUCAUUCCUGGGAAGCAGUUUAAUGUGGAAGUGCUGAAGACUAUUGAGAAAUACGUACAGAGUGCCCAUUGGAAGGAGGCUCUGAAUAUUUUGAAGCUGGUUGUCUCCCGUUCUGCAAGCCUUGUGUUACCUGCAUAUCAACAUGGAGACCUAACCAAGCUGGAGAUCAGCAGACUUUGGACAAGCUCUUCCAAAGAGCUUCCGGGGAAAACAUUGGAUUUUCAUUUUGACGUGUCUCAGACACCAAUCAUUGGGAGGAGGUUUGAUGACUUGCAUGGAUCCACAGGACGAGAUGGGAAAUCCAGGGCCAUGCCAGUGACCCGAAGCACCUCUUCCACAUCUUCUGGCUCCAAUUCCAAUGCUUUGGUCCCAGUUAGUUGGAAAAGACCUCAGUCAUCUCAGAAAAAAACCAGGGAGAAGCUGGUGAAUGUCCUCUCUCUGUGCGGCCAAGAAGUGGGACUCAGCAAAAACCCUUCAGUCAUCUUUUCUUCAUGUGGCGACUUGGACUUGAUUGAGCAUCAGACCAGCCUGGUGUCCUCAGAAGACACCAUUCGGGAGCAAGAGAUCAUGGAUGAUACCAACAGCGAACAGCAGUUCCGCGUAUUCCGAGAUUUUGACUUCCUGGAUGUAGAACUGGAAGAUGGCGAGGGUGAAAGCAUGGAUAAUUUCAACUGGGGAGUACGCAGACGCUCCCUCGACAGCCUGGAUAAAUGUGAUAUACAGCUCCUGGAGGAAAGCCAGCUCUCGGGAAGCACUCACAGUCUCAGUAAAAUGAACCAGGAUGACUCGGAUGAAUCGUCAGAAGAGGAAGAUCUCACUACAAGCCAGAUCCUGGAGCCAUCUGAUUUAAUAAUCAACCUUUCUCCUUCUGAUGAGAUUAAUCACAUGGAGUCACCUUCUACAUCUUGUGACACAACCUCUGCUGACCCACAUUCCCUUAAUACAAGAACUUCUAGUUUUGAUGCCUCUUUGCCUGAAAUAACUAAUCCACUGUUAUCUGAGGAUUCUAAGGUUGACAUUGCUCUUGAUGAAGAUGAUGCGACUGUACACGAGGACGACCUGUCUGGGUCAAUGAGUGAAAUGCCAGUCGUUUUUGAAUGCAGUGAUAGCUUUGGUAUAGAGAUGGCGGACGAAGAGAAAGAUGAUCGGGCGCUGGAGCAGUAUGCCCUGACAAACUUUGGUGAAGGGGGCAGAGUAACGCCGCCCCCUCCUUCUCCUUUCUUCUCCGCCAUUUUGGCCGCAUUUCAGCCGGCAGUGUGUGAUGACGCAGAAGAAGCCUGGCGCAGUCAUAUCAAUCAGCUCAUGUCCGACUCUGAUGGCUCCUGUGCUGUGUACACAUUUCACGUGUUUUCCUCCUUGUUUAAGAGUAUUCAGAAAAGAUUCUGUUUCCUGACGUGCGAUGCAGCUUGCUAUCUUGGGGACAGUCUUCGAGGGAUUGGGUCAAAAUUUGUGAGCACUUCACAAAUGCUAACCACGUGCUCAGAAUGCCCUACUCUGUUUGUUGAUGCAGAGACGCUGCUGUCUUGUGGACUUCUUGAAAAGCUGAAGUUCAGCGUCUUGGAGCUACAAGAAUAUCUGGACACUUACAACAACCGGAAGGAAGCCACUGUAUCUUGGCUAAAAAACUGUAAGUCAACAUUUGUGGGGGGCCCAAAAGACGGCGUAAUUACGUGUCAACCCGGGGACUCAGAAGAGAAACAAUUGGAACUCUGUCAAAGAUUGUAUAAGCUUCACUUCCAAUUGCUUCUGCUUUUUCAGUCUUAUUGUAAACUAAUUGGGCAGGUCCAUGAAGUCAGCUCCAUGCCAGAGUUGCUUAACAUGUCACGAGAGCUCAAUGAACUGAAGAGAAACCUCAAGGAGGCAACAGUAUACAUCACCUCGGAGUCUCUCAGUACGGACGCUCCUUCCUAUGAAGUCAGUUUCAGCUCCACAGAGUUUGCCAUUCAGUCCAUGCUCGAGUGCUUAAAGAAUAACGAGCUUGGCAAGGCGAUACUGCAAAUCCGGCAGUGCAGGAAACUGUGGCCUAACGACAUAUUUGGGAGCGGUGCUGAUGACGAGGUCCAAACACUACUGAACAUCUACUUCCGCCACCAAACACUGGGGCAGACCGGAACAUACGCCCUCGUAGGCUCCAAUCAAAACUUGACUGAUAUCUGCACCAAGCUUAUGGACCUCAACAUGGAGAUCCGGGACAUGAUUCGCAGGGCUCAGACCUACCGGGUGGUUUCAACUUUCCUUCCCAACUCCAAUGUUUCUGGCACGAGUCUCUGACAGGAAAGUGGCGCCCAUCCAUUCUUCCAUGUGGGGUGUGCUGUCCUGCUGCUGUGAGGUCAUUCAGUACCUACACGGCCCUCAGAAGACUCGGCCAUGCUGUAAUGACUUCUUUUACCUUUAAGACUUUCUACGAAAUAAGGCGGACAGAUCCUCAAAUCUGUAGCAAUACUGUAGGAACCGCGGUAUAGAGAUCUAUAGAACUACUACCGCCAAGCUCAUCAUAUCCCUAUUCUGUUGCACAACUAAUAUUUACUGAACUACUGUAACACACUACUGAAGAAGUGACUUCCGUUGCAUACCAAAGCCCUAAUAUACUGAUUCCUACUUCCAUUAUAUUACCCUUAUUCUUAGAAUGGAAAACGUGCAAUGCCCCCUUCACAAAAGAAUAUAUAUAUAUAUAUUUUGUUGCUCUUAAAUACUUUUUAUCAUGUAUUUUGUUCCGAUGAACAGUCGACAGGCAGAAUGAGGCUGGCCGAGGAUGAAUACUGGUUAUUAUUGGUCAACAGCUGAGAGCCUGUAUGAAGGCUGGUUGUAAGGAGACUGUAAUUAUUGUGUACACUGUAAUUUAAGAAUUAUUACUGUAUCCUAUGCUGCUAUGAUUGACAUUUCCUAGACUUACUGUUCCGAAGGUACGGUGGGUUUGUGUAGUAAGAGAAUCCAAGUACCCCGAGAAAGGCUCGGCUUUUUGUUUUAAUUAUAAGAGUUGCUUUUUAUGUAUUAUUUAUGAAAAGGAAGGUAUGGAAUGACUUAACGACCAUUGCGAAGGUGGAAGUUUAAAGAAUGACUUCAUCUUUUUCAUUACGCAUGCAUAUAUUUUUUUUUUAUUUACUGAAUAUUUGGAUUACGAAAAGUCUAAAUUAUACAGUGUUCCAAGUUUCUUUUUAGGUGGAACCGAUAUUGGUUAUUAUAUAAAAAUAUACGCACACUGUAUGUGUAUAUUUAGUCAUAUAUGUAUGACAUUUUAUCCUUGAACUUUCUGCUGACAAGUGUGAAUUAGAUUGCAUGAAAACCUUUUUUUUUGCACAUCUGAGGCACUUUCAUUCACACACACAUACACAAUCUGUGUUUAAUUUAUUCACUCUGUACAUAAACUUUCAGUUUUGUGAUGUAAAUUGGAUUAUUUUUGUUGCGUGCAUUCAUUGAAUUAUACAGUUUAAGAUUCAGUCGCUAGACAUGUCCGAGUUCGGUAUCUUUCAAUCAUUGUUAUAAAAUAUUGCUUAUCCAAGUA